ACUCGAACCGGGUUUCCCGCUUUCAGUCUGGUUCGGGACGGCAAACGGUGCGCGCACACAUCCGAGUUCUCUGACAAUGUCCGUGGCCUGCAUUAGUCUGGCCGCCAGUAUGGUGAAAGGUACCGCCACCAGUGGCAAGAGAAGAUCCGGCGGAUCCCUGAACAGUACCGUCGAGAGUUUCGAGUGUCAACCGGUUACGGUCGCGUUGCCGCCACCGGUUUCCUGUCUAUCGGGUGCUCCGGCUCAUCAUCCGGUGCUCGGUUCCCGGUGCUACCAAUCGACGCUGCGGAGUUAUAACAAAUGGUCACCGACGGAGCAAGGUGCGACGUUGGUUUGGCGCGAUUUGUGCGUCUACGCGACCGGAAAGCAAGUCGGCGGAUCAGGGGAUGGUGGACCGAUCAAGCGGAUUAUCAAUAAUGUGAGCGGAGCGGUCACUCCGGGCACGUUGAUUGCCCUGAUGGGGUCAAGUGGAGCUGGCAAAAGUACGCUCAUGUCGGCGCUUGCCUACCGAAUGCAGCCCGGGACCAUCGUUCAGGGAGAUGUUCUAGUGAAUGGACAACCGAUCGGGCCGUACAUGUACCGCUUGAGUGGAUUCGUCCAUCAGGAUGACCUCUUCGUAGGCUCCCUAACCGUUACGGAGCACAUGUACUUCAUGGCGAAGCUCAAACUCGAUCGUACCGUGAGCAAAAGCACAAUCAACCGGUUGAUAGAAGAGCUUCUCGAGCGGACCGGUUUGUCCAAGUGUGCCAACACCCGAAUCGGCGAAGUCGGAGAAGGGAAAAUGCUGUCCGGAGGGGAGAAGAAGCGUCUAGCAUUCGCCACCGAACUCCUCACCAAGCCAACGAUCCUGUUCUGCGACGAACCGACCACCGGGUUGGACUCGUUUAGUGCUCAAAACCUUGUUUCUACGCUACAACUGCUAGCCAAGCGAGGCACUGCCAUCAUCUGCACCAUCCAUCAACCGUCCAGCCAGCUGUUCUCCAUGUUCGAUCAGGUCAUGCUGAUGGCCGAUGGGCGCGUGGCUUUUGCCGGCAAGCCCAACGACGCGCUGAUCUUCUUCGAACAGCACGGUUAUAGCUGCCCAUCGAACUACAACCCGGCGGAGUUCUUGAUCGGAGUGCUGGCCACCGCCCCGGGCUACGAGAAGGCUUCGCAACGCUCCGCCCAGCGACUGUGCGAUCUGUUCGCGGUAAGCGAAGCUGCCGGCCAACGGGACGUCCUGAUCAACCUGGAGAUGCACAUGGCCGAAACGGGCGACUUCAAGAUCACGGAAAAGUCGCAUCUCUCGCGGAAGUCCAACUGGUUCAGUACGACGUUCUGGUUGACUUAUCGGGCCUUCCUAACCGUCGUCCGCGACCCGACCGUCCAAUAUCUGCGACUUCUGCAGAAGAUCGCCAUCGCCCUCAUGGCGGGACUGUGCUUCUCCGGUGCCAUCUCCCUCGAUCAGCUCGGCGUCCAAGCCAUCCAGGGCAUCCUGUUCAUCUUCGUCUCGGAGAACACCUUCUCGCCGAUGUAUUCCGUCCUGUCCGUGUUUCCGGACACAUUCCCGCUAUUCAUGCGGGAAACCAAGUCCGGGCUGUACCGCACGUCCCAGUACUACGUGGCCAACGCCCUGGCCAUGCUUCCGGGACUGAUGAUCGAACCACUAGUAUUCGUGAUCGUCGCGUACUGGCUGGCUGCGCUUCGUCCGACCUUCGGGGCCUUCAUGGUCACCGUGAUCGCUUCCACGCUGGUCAUGAACGUGUCCACCGCUUGCGGAUGCUUUUUCUCAGCGGCCUUCAACUCGCUGCCGCUGGCCAUGGCCUACCUGGUGCCGUUCGACUACAUCCUCAUGAUCACCUCCGGAGUGUUCAUCCAGCUGAGCUCGAUGCCGAAGGCGAUCUCCUGGACGCCGUACAUCUCGUGGAUGAUGUACGCCAACGAGGCCAUGUCCAUCGCCCAGUGGGAAGGCGUCAGCAAUAUCACGUGCUUCGUGGAGGAUCCAAAUCUACCGUGCAUGAGAACGGGAGAGGAAGUUCUUGCGCACUACAGCUUCGACGAGUCACACCUCUGGAGGAACAUUUGGGCCAUGGUGGUGAUCUACUUCGGGUUCCACAUUCUUGGAUGCGUGUUUCUGUGGCGUAAGACGAAGCACGGAUAAACGGAAGCCGUCCGCUUUAAGCGUAGAUAGCUAGCUUUUCGGUGAAUAAAGGGAAGUUUCGAAAGGACAUGAAA